AGCACCAAUAUCUCCUGGCACGGAAUCCCAGUUUGCUUUUCUUACCCCUUUCCGUUUACAAAAUGUCGACUACUUCUCAAAACGAAGAAAAGGGAAAAACAGUUUUAAUACCCGUAGAUGGCAGUGAGAGAAGCGAACGAGCAUUUCAGUGUAAGUGUGAUUUGAUAUCUAUACCGUGAUAAAACCUAUUUUUCACAACUGAUCUAUGCGCUCCAAAACUACCGAUUGGGCAAGCGCCAAAGAUCGAAAUCUUCCUCUUUCUUCUGGGCAUCUAAAACCGAAAUUUUAGCACAAACGCUUAAUAUCAACCAAGUAAAUAAAACCAUCUUGAUCACCCACCUAGAUUUCUGCAAUAGGAAAUUUCCCGAAGGGUGUCAAGGGUGGCAUAUUAUUAAAAGUAGAUUUAAUUUUAGCUUUGUUGAUGAAACUUGUCCAACUACAGGAGGUAAACAAAUUUAAUUGCCAUUUUCCUCCAUGCAGCGGUAAUUUUCAGGGAUUUAGAGGAGAGGACCAACAAUAUUUUUUCAGAUUGAAUAGAUAGAAUGAUGGGAGUUGAGGAGGGCAGGUCAAGGCAGGGAUCGGAAGAGAAUGGACUUAUAAUGGCAAGGGGGUGGGGAUAGGGGAGAAUACAAGCGUAGCCCACCAGAAUACUCAUUGCGUCUGUUUGAAGUGACUCGCGCAAGGACUCGCGCGCAGAAAAUCCCGAGAGUUGAAGAAAAACUGUCUUCUUUACAUCUGCUGUCUUAAGUUAUAAAAUAACUUUUUCCAUAUCUUUAGGGUACUGUAAUAAUAUGCACCAAUCUGGCAACGAGGUGAUUCUGCUGAAUGCAAAUGACUUGCCACAAACCACCGCGCCAUAUUCAUGUAAGUGACGUAUAUUUCGCGCUUAUUUUCCAGUGCCACACGUGACACGACUUUAUCAAAGUAUUUUCAAUUUUUGGACCGUGCUGAAACGAUAGUCAGGUAAAUUGAAGAACUAGAUUGGCUAAGAAAUUAUGGGAGAAAAAAAAAUGGAUGUGAAAUGCAAUAUUCCUCCCCCCCCCCCCCCCCCCCCAAAAGCAAGGGGGAAACCGGGGUGAAAAAAAGAAAAAAAGCAAAAACCACUUUGGUGCACCGUUUUGUGGACCCAAAAUGGCCCGCCGAAACAAACAAAAAAACAAGGGGCACCUUUACUUUUUCUAUUAAAAAAACCCGUACUUUCCUCUUCAGAGAACUAAUACACAACUAACAAAAAAACACCCCCCCCCCCCUCCCCCCGAAAAGCACGGGGGACUCGUAGGUGAAAAAGACGAAAAAGGCAGAUGCCAUAUUGGUGCACCGUUUUGGUGCACCAAUAUGGCCGCCGGAAAUCAACAAAAACAUCUGGAGCCUAUUCACUUUUUCUAUAUAAAAGGCGCUUUCUUUUCACUCGAGAACUAGCAUACGUACGCAUAAACAUAUCUUCUAGUACUUCAAGUGGUUAUACUGCUGAAAAUCAAGAGGAGAGACUUUUUUUCAACGACAUAGCAUUCCUAUUUUAGUGUCACGCACCGUGAAAACUCGGAAGUUCAAAUUGCUGUAUUUUCGAAAUGAAACAUGCUACAGAAAAAGGAACUUGUACAAAGAUUUAAUUUUUGUUUAUCUUCAACCUAGUGUAAAUAAGAAUUCGUAAAACCUCGCUAUUUUGACCUUACAAUUUGAUGUCGUCACAGUGAAAACCAUCUACAGCUCGUGGUUGAGUAAUAUCUUUUAUGGGUUGCAGACUGUAAAACUUGAGCGAUGCCCAGAGACUGGUUUCCUUUAUUGCUUUAAUUGUCAAUCUCCUUGUCACUUGAACGUUGUCUUUGAGAUUGUUUCGAGUCGCUUUUACAAUUUCUAUCGUUACUAAGGCCUUAGUUAUUGGGCUUCUCAUUAAACUUUCAUAGUAAAUGGCAAGAUCGUCAUUUUUGUUUGUUACAUUUAAAAAAUGCCUAAGAAACGUAUUUGUUUGACACGAAGCUGUGAUUUUUCCAUUGACUAAGUAAUUUCUUCGCUAUCCUUGAGUUCUAUAGCGAGACGCAGCCAUGACACGCUCCUUUUAAAACAGGCGCUAUACGGUAAACUAAGGGUGAACAGCAAGUACGGUAAACCUCACAACAAGUUUUUUUGAACCCAGAUGGUUGUCCAUUUCCGCAUGGCUGGAAGGAAGCAGUUAAGGAAAGUUCUGCUGAAUCUGAACGCAUUCUUCAGUCAUACUUCAAAAAGUGCAAAGACAGAAACGUAAGUUUAUCUUUAUCUUUUUCCCGCCCAAGACUGGCAUUCAUGGUGAUUCAUUUGCAGCAUACCCAUAUAGCCGGCACUUUUCCCCCUCAUUGAAGGGUUAUUGUUUUCAAACCUUUAAACAAUGAAAAAUUCCUACGGGCCAACGCAACGGUAAUACGCGUAUGUUGCAAAAGAAUCCACCCAAAGUUGAGAGUCGUAGCCAAGAUUUUGACCAUAUUCACAUUUAUCCGUUGUUCUCCGUUUUCAAUAAUUCGCGUCCACAAGUUGCGUUUUAUCGUUUUUGCCCGUCCACACGAAAACGCAAUCAACAGUGACUGCUGUAAACAGUACCAUCUUUGAUGGUAGCAUGCGCAAUUACUGAUAUCCAACAUCAAGACGUAGUUGUUUUUAGAACCCUCCGUUUUCACCCAUCCACACGCACGAGUACAGCAAAAUGACGUUUUCAAAAAUCUCCACUCUGGAGAAAGUUUUUAAAAAGAUGCGUUUUCGGUGACCGUUUCUUACCGAAUACGUGUGGACAGGACGGUACUCCAAGCCAGAGAAAAAUAUCUCCGUUUUUUGGAUACGUGUGAACGAGGCCUUUAUUACGGGUACUACACACAGUUUUGCUAAUCCACCCACAGCCAUGUUCCCCAAAUUUCUUUCACGUGGGAAGAACUAAUCACUGUGAUGAGGUAAUCAUCUCUCUCGGUUGUAGGACCGUGCUUCUCAUGCAGCAGUUUUUAAGACGUUCGUUUGUAUAAGUGUAGCAAAGUCGGAAAAAAAAUUAAUAACUGAGAAAUGAAGAUACUGCCUUUCAGUACCCUACAAACGGCUAGACCUUUGCGUAGUCGGAUGACCACGUAAAAUGACGAUCCCGUCUCCAAGAAGUCUCCUCAAUUAGCUUUAGUGCUAAAUAAAUUGACAAAUUAAGUGCAUUACCCCUCCUUUUCUCAUUAAACGUACAAAUCACAAACUAAAACCACACCCAAAAACUCCGUGCUGCGCAGGAAGGAAAGCAUGGGCCCAGGGUUGGAGGUGAAUGCUGCUCUUACCAUUUUGCCAGAGGGUAAAAAUACAGGGUAUUUUAAAUCGCAAAAUUGUCGUAAAUUAUUUUUCCGAAAUUUUCUCUUAGUUGGUUCAGCAGGUUUCAAUAUGAUUAUAAAAUUGACCGAACUUAAUCCAUUUUUAAUUUUAAUAUAGAGCUGCUCUUUUUGUUUUGUUUCAGAUAAAGUGCAGAAUGUUUACGGAGUCUGACAGCCCAGGAGAAGCUAUCCUCCGAUUAGCCAAAGAAAAAAGCGCGGAUCACAUUGUGAUGGGUUCCCGAGGACGAGACCCCAUCAGCCGCACCCUCGCUGGGAGUAUCAGUUAUUUUUGCACACAUCACUCCGAUGUGCCAAUCUCAGUUGUCCCCCCACCCUCUCCAGGCUCCCCAGGAACUCUCGGAGUCUCAAAUAUGGACGACGCAUGCGCACCUACGACGCCAUUAUUCAACGACCCCAAAGAGCUUUACGAGACAAAUAUAAUGGGCUAUAUUUGAUCGAUAUUUCUGGUUUCCUUGAUUUGGCUGGAAUAUUAAACUGGAUAAUGUUAAAAAUGACAAUAAUUACAAUAUUGAUGAUCGAAAAUUCGUCGUGUUUCUCGAUUCUUCCAUCACUUAAAACCGGAAUCGCACACAGUAGUCACUCAGUUAUUCCUUCUGCCUGUUGGCAGUAACUGGACAGGUGUUUAUGCCCGCACAGGUGUUUGGGUAGGAAAGAGAACUCCUUAAAAUCUUCCAUAGCGCGAAGACAAGAAGCGACUGGGUACUAGUCUGACUAAAAACGCAUAACGACUACAGGUACACGGCCAGCGAGAAACAAUUAAUGUCCCACAUAAGCAUUAUAUUAAAUUCGGCACAUGUGAAGUUCGACGUUUGAAAAGGGUAGACGCCACAAACAUAUAUAGAAUGCUGCACUAACAAAAUAAAGCUAUCGAAAAGAGUGCUACACGGUUAUUAGUCCUUACACUAUUUUGUAUCCUCCCUGGUAAAAUAGCUUAGAGGUUCUGAAAAAAAGAUUCAACUAAAACAAACAAAAUCACUGAAUUCAGUUUCUUUGACCCCACACUCUUCCAAUACCUCAUCCUCAGAGCCUUGGGGAAACAAAGUGAAGAGAAAGGCACUGCGGAACAAAGUUGAAUUCCACCUUGAUUUGGAAAGAGAGGGUCUUUAUUUUCCGUUUACUUUGAUUGCAGCUUCUGUAACAACAUUUAAAGUGAUAAUUAAAAGUAGCUUAAAAUAUAGUUUGAGCUCAAAAAAUUUCGUUUUUUCUAUAGGAAUACUGCUAGCAAAUGUCAUUCAGGGUAUACGAUGAAAAAAAAUUCACAACUAACGUAAAAAAAAGCGAUUAAUUCCUGAACUUUCCAAAAAAACAUUCCUGGGCAGGCCUGAUUCCUGGGUAAGGUCUUCCCUCAAAAAAGACUAAGCCAGAAAUUAAAAACCGUUUUUUAAAAACGUUUUACGUGAGCAAUCAGUCAUCAUGGGGAAGUCAUGUUGAGCGGGGCUGGGUUGCUUGCGUGAACUCACGCCAUAGGCCUUUACAGCUCACGAGUCGCAUGUUAUCACGAGCUAUGAGCUCUGUUUUAGCAAUCAAGGCAAAUCCAAAGCAUCGCCUGUCUAAUUUCUCUAUUUUUUAAAUUAUUUUUUGGCCUGUCUUUUGAAGUUGUUUUCUCCCCAUCACCAUCUGAGUGUUCAGUCUCUCAAAUCUUUUUCAUCGUUUACAAAAGCUUCGAACGAAUUGGAUGGAUUUUUUGGUUGAAAAUUCAACUUACCUCUGCGUCUCCGUAAAGAGAUUUUCUAGAAACGAACUGUAAAAUUAGACUUGAUCAUGAACAUGGCUCUUGAAUAGAUAGAAACGUGGAAAUAAUCAUGGAGUAGAACUUUUUUGGGUCCAUGACGUCACAAUAUUAACCAUGUCCACGUGCGCGUUAAGAAAGAUCACGCACCAAUCACACAGUUGCGUGACUUUUUAAACGCAGCGGCAUUUUUUUCUCUCACAGUUUCGCUUAAUAUCCUUCCACUCGUUCAUUCGUUUUCUGGCCACGUACUCACAAUGAGGCCUGAUAGCGAAUUACAGAGGAGAGUAGUGCUCGGAGUGGAUGACAGCGAACACAGCGAACGAGCUUUUGACUGUAAGUACGUAACUAUGAUCAAAAGGAAAAAAUAUAUCUUAGUAUUCCACUUCAAAGAAAACUUUUUAAAAAUUUCUUUACCUUUUGGGUUCGGACGUACACAGAACGUUUGCACGUUGGAAUAAUCUCUUGCGUCUUCAUGCCAUAAGGCGAGAAACAAAUUAACACAAGCUACAAACAAACUACAAACAACUGUCUAGAUACGCUUUUCACCCGUGACCUUCGUGACGUAAUUUCAAUUUUCUUCUCUUAAAUUUUAAAUUAGUGAGAUUAGUACCAGAAAUGUAGGCUUAUAUUUUCCACAGCGAAAUACAAUUAUCUUGAUAGCUAAACGAUGACGAUAUGUUAAUUAUGUUAAAAUAAAGGCAAUACGUUAUUCAAAGCCACAUUCGUGACCCAAGCCACGGACGCUUAUAGAGCCAUGUGCAAGCAACUUUUGCUCAUGGAGUGAAUAAAAAUGGAUGAAAUGUACCAUGUAGAAAGUUUUGCUCUCAUGUCUGUUAUUUCUAAAAACAUUCUGGGGGUGAACUGCUUCUCCAUCUUCUAAGCAAUGCAUCAAGUCGCGAGGUACUCAAAGCUUCCCUUCCCCCGCGACUAUGAUAUGAUCUGAGCCUAUAAAGAGGGAGAAAAUAGCAAAAAUAUUUAAACUUUUAAUUUAUCGGGGUAGCGAUAUUUUGCUAUCAUUUCGUUCCUUAUUUCUAUCUAUCUACUUUAUGGAUAUGUGGUGGACAAAGGGUCAGGUAGAAACGAUACUUUGUAUAUGGCAUACUAUACUGUGGUGAUAGAAUCAGACCGGAAGAGAAGAAACAUGCAGGUUUACGUGUAGCACAUCGCGUUCACGUGUACACAUCGUGUUUUAUCUUUCCCUCUGCAAAUGUUGGAAGUAUAAACCUUACGACAAAAGAGGUCUGCACUGGCCUAUUUGACCAUAUCAACUAUGCACCCAAAACAAAUUAAUGACCUAAUUUAAUUUGGUUCGUUCCACCGAAUUUCAAAAUCACAAGAGACUUUUUUUAAAAGGAUAUCAUGAUCACGAGUAAACAUAUUCCAAGGUGAUGACAAGCGACGUCCAGCGAUCCCAACAUCACUGAAAAAGCAAUACAGGGUUCAACAAUCAAAACAACAACUCUGCUCGUGUAUCACACUUUUUUGGUACAUUAAAUUCUUCUGCGUCCCUCUGCACGACUACGACGGGAAAUGCAGUUUCAUUAAUAUUACCCAAUGCCGGGGAAGAGGGGCGCCCUUCUCCUAUACCCCCCUAUUUUCCCGCCAGUGAAAGGCACCGCGACUUUGGACCUACUCUGUUGUCACCUGUUCAAUUUUUUUCUAUUCCUUGUUUAAAUGUUUCAGAGAGCACUGCUUUCUAAAUGCUUCUUAUGUUUUUUUAAAAAGUUCAAACACCAUACGACGUUACUUCCGUCCAUUGUAGUACUACGUAUACUGUACAGCUAUUUCGAGAAAGGUUGUUGCAAAAAACGUGCACGCGAGACCGGCGACAAUCGCGAAAGGUAACAUGGGAUAUGAUCAUUACACUGUUCCUGACACUGUAGCUGUCGAAACUACUUUUUUUACUUUCUUUUAGCGCUCGCAAACAUACGUCCGUGGCCUCUCAUGUCAUUUUUUCAAAUUUCUUUGAAUAUUACUGAACUCAAAACCACCCACAAUUCCUUUCGAUAUUGUCGCGUGCACUUUUUCCGACCUUUCUCCAAAUAGCUGUAUAUUUCUGUAAACAUUGUAGUGCUACACAUAUAUACUUCUGUAAACAUUGUAGUACUACCAUAUGUUGAUUUCUUUAAAUUCAUGACCUGAUGAAGACUGGUAUUGGCCAGGUGAAAUAUCGUAAUUACAGCCCAUUCACGUUCUUCGAUGAGUCCUCUAGUUGUCUUUUUGACUACAAUUUUAUUAAUUUUGACUGAUUGCGAUUUUUUUUGAUCCGCGACGUUGAGCAAGGUUGAUCGCGCACUGUUUCUUUUUUGCAGUGGUCUUGCACCUUAACUUUUCACUAUUUUGCUUCUUAAAAGCUUAUUCCUUGUUCAUUCUUUCACUUUCUUUCAGGGUAUGUUAACAAUAUUUCUGAUAAUGUGAAAGACAUUUUGCUUAUUAUCCAUGCACAAGAGAUUCCAACCCACUCAGCUGCACCAUACGCCUCGUGUAAGUAUAAACCCGUUCAUGUUUAACUCCAAAUUUUAUUAAAAAUGACAUAAAUGGAACACCUAGGAUUCUUUAGAUUUAUACAAAAGUUUUACAUUUUAGAAAAGAAACGCACAUUCCAUUUUUGGGUUCAAGAAUCUGAAUUUGCAUUUUGCCAAAAAAAACCUUCACUGACGUACACUCGUGCACCCUAUUGUGAUUGGUUACCCUGUGUUACAAACAACGAAGUUUAGAAUAGACUGCGUAAAUAUUUUCCUUCGUAAUUUUCUGUGAUUUACGGAUGCUGUAUCCCUCUUUCAGAUGACUAUUGGUAUUACGAGGAGUGGCAGCAGUCGCUGGAAAAAGUUGCUAAAAACUCGAGGGCGCUGUUGGAGGCUUACGGAAAGAAAUGCAGAGAACGUGGGGUUGGUACAGUUUGAUCUUCUUACGGCAAUUCUUUCCUUUUAAUAUGACCUGCACAAAGACGUCACCAAGGGAUGAAACUUUAAAAACGUUAUUGUGCGUCUAUAGUCCUUGAUUCUACCUCACCGUGGUUGUAAGAACGAAACACGUCCCUAGGGCCCCUUUCUCGAAAGUCCCUGUUACUCUUCCGUUCCUACAUCAAAUAUUCCAAUCAAAAUAUAAAAAAAUAAAAUCGCGGGACUAUUUUGUUUUGUUAACUGAUAAUUUUAUCAUAUUAUCUGCAACACUCAUGAAACCUCGAUCCUCAAUGUGAACAACAACAGCUUUCCAUGGGACCGUUCCUCGAAAGUCCCGAUAAUUAACGGGCGCGUAAAGCUGUUGUUGUUUACAUGCAAGACAGAGGUUUCAAUAGUUUUGUAUCUAACGUGAUAAAACUAUCAGUUGAUGAAACAAAAUGGAGUAGCUUGCUAGCCAGGACCCGCGCUCCACUAACUCUUUAUAUUUCGAGUUGAAUAUUUGAUUUCGGGCCCAAAAAGUUACCGGGACUCUCGAGAAACGGAUCCCAGAAUCCAAAACAGGCUUCCUUUAAUCCACAACACGUCUUAGAUAUUUAAACACUUGACAGAAUCUAAAACAACGAAGAAUCCAAACAAGUCACAGAAUCCAAAACUCUUCACAGUAUCGAAAACACGUCUGAUAAUCCGCAUCCGUCACAGAAUCCUCAGUCCUGGAAGCGACUCGUCAGAAGGUCUGGUCAUUGUGUUUUGGAGUAUGGGAUCUGUUUUGUAUUAGGGAGUUUUUUUAUCCUGGAACAUUUUUUGAUUCUGCGAUCAGUUGUCUUUUCCCUGUGAACCACAGAACUAUCUUACACAAAAAACGUACAAAUACUUAUUCUUCCUUUCCAGUAUUAUCUCUUCCCAUGUUUCCACAUUAAAUUCAGUCCACGCUCCAGUUAUAUACUUGAUAUUUACUAACGAUAGCACUUCCGGUUAAUUAUUAAGUAAUCAAUAAUCGUUCAUUCAAUGUUUAGACCUACACCACGACUCGGGUUCUCGUUUUUAAAUUUCUUAGACGUGAUCUUACCGCGCUUUUGACAAACAUGCGAACUCUAAAGUUCAAAAGCCGCCUUCACAAUUGCGUUUUUCGCGGCCGUCAUUGAAUCAUAAUCACGAUCACAAGCAACGAACCUUGAAACACAGAAACACACAAAACGGAUCGAAAUCGCACCAAUCACAAAUCCCAAACGAUGACCGUCAGCUGGCUUUUGAACUUCAGAAUUCGCAAUUUUUUGAAAAGCGCGGUAAAAGGUCCUUUGGUAGUUUUUCCCGCCAAUUGCACGUUGCAAAUUUCGCACGUUUUCUCUGUCUGUCUCUGUCAAAAGGCUGAUUUAGCAACAGAAAGGGAACGUCAGUUGACGACGGCGCGCGCAAAUCAAUUAACUGGCUUGAGUAAGCAAAACAUGCGUGCGCGCGCGUGAAAAUUGCUCUGCACGAUGACAGGAUCAGAGGAAGGCGGUGGAGGAAAAAGAGAAAUCCGCACUCUUCCCUCCACGUGUAACCUUUCUCGCAAGCAGCGACUUUCACGCGCGUUCGCGUAUUUUUUUUCGCUCACUUUAGGGACUCUUUUACCUAGUCCCUGUACGGCGUCUUCCCAGGCCUUCUCGGUCAAUGUAUUUCGGUGACGUAUCCGAGACGAACGGCUGGGACACUCCCUCGGAAAUAAAGAAACUUGCUCGGAAAACGUGACCCGAAACGCAUGGGCCGUGCAGAAUAAUGAGAGUACGCAAGGACUAGUCGAAGUCAAUUAACCAUUUGAAUUGCUAGGGGCAAAAUCAAUAACAUAACGUUCCACUGCUUUUUAACUUGCAGAUAAAUUACAAACUGUACAAUGAAAGAAGCAACAGCCCUGGGGAAGUUAUCUGUAAACUCGCGGCAGAUGAAAAAGCGCAUUUACUGGUGGUUGGAGCCCGCGGCGUGGGAAAGAUUCAACGGAAGUUCUUUGGUAGCGUUAGUGAAUACUGUGUGCAUCAUGCACACAUGCCGGUGGUAGCUGUUCCACCUCUAAAAAAUAACAACAUGGUUUAG